AUGGCUGCGAAGUACAGCAGCAGAGUCCUGUUUGGCUGCGCACUAACCUUGUCCGUGAGCUCGCGCCCGCUGAAGUGCCCCUGCCCUCCGCACCGUCUCGACCUGGCGGGCAGAAUGUUUUCAAACUAUCAAAAACCAACAUACCGCAACCAGCUUGUUCGAACGGAAAUGAAGCGAAAUUACAGUCUAGGACGACGCUUUGGCGCUCGCCGUACAGUCCAUCUUGCCCAGGCCGUCUCGGAUCAUAGCAUUAUCCAGCUGAAAGGAGACUUCCAAAUGAUCUGUCAGCUCGAGAGUGUCCGCCGUCCUUCCGCCCUCCAGGCUAGAAAAGCUGCCCUGCCGCUGCCCACGUUCAACAUGUCGGGCACUUCCAAGGACGAAUCCAUCCCACCCUUCCAGGUUAUUUGA